UACUUUAUUUUAAUUAUAGUUGAACGGAGGGAAAACAUAUCCAGCUUCCGAGAAAAAUCCCGAAGUCCAACAAAACACAGUGCCGUUCUCAGUCCUUUAAAUUGCAAAGACAGAGGAAACAUUAAACACAAAAACAGUACAAAAAUGGAGAACAACGCAGAUCCAAACGCGUCGCUACCGGAACCCAGAGUGGGCGUGGCAGUUUUCAUCUUGAAAGGUAGAUCACUCCUACUCGGCCGUCGCCGUGCUUCCGUCGGGAACGCCACCUUUGCUCUGCCCGGCGGCCACCUCGAAUUCGGGGAAAGUUUCGAGGAAUGCGCCGCGAGAGAAGUGAAAGAGGAAUCAGGGUUAGAUUUGAGCAAAAAUAAAAUAGAUUUUUUGACGGCUACGAACAACGUGUUUUUGGAUCAGCCAAAGAAAUGCCAUUACGUUACUAUCUUCAUGAGAGUAGUGUUGGAUGCAUUUGAGCAGCAAGUUGUUCAGAAUCUUGAACCUGAGAAGUGUGAUGGUUGGGAUUGGUAUGAUUGGGAGCAUCUUCCACACCCAUUGUUUGGGCCUCUUGAAAAGAUGCUCAAAGGAGGCUUUGAUCCUUUUCCUCUUUGAUUCACUUUGCUUUAGACUUUUUAGGUUUUUGUUUUUGACUGAUGGCAUGGUUUGGAAUUUAUCAAGCUCUCAUAUCACACUCACUAGUAAAAAUAUUUGAAAAAAUACAAGUAAUUGAAUAUAAUUAAUGUUGAACUAUUAUUGUGUUGGUGUUUGGUAGCAUCUUAUGCAGCACUAUUGUUUCAUAUUCAUAACUUUGGUGUUAGUGUUUUAUGCAUGGCAACACAUUUUGGAUACCAAUUAAUUUGAAGUGGCGUAGCUUGUAAAAAAGUUGAAACUAUUUUGUAGGAUAUACUCAAGUCAUGAUGAUGGACUAAUAUAUGGUUAUAGUGUUUGUAAUCUAUUUUUAGGCUAUUUGAUUUUUGAGUAUAUGCUUUUCAAUAUCUAUUAUACAUCAAGCGACCA